AUGGCGCUCCAGGCCGCAUACCAGCAGUUCCUCGCCGCGCCGAACCAAUCAGCCCUCGCCAGCAACGCCUCGGUCCAUUACAUCACUACCUUGGUCACCCUGAACGGCCCGGCCGCCAUCAUCAAGCACCUCGCUGUCCAGAAGGAUGAUCUCAAGAAGAAGGAAGAGAAGUUUCUGCACGUCGUCGAGUCUACCGAAGCUCUGGCCGCUGAGGUCUCCACCACAAUUGAGUUCGUCGCCGGCGGUGGAUCAUAUCUGCCCGGCCUGGAUGACAACUUCCUCGCGGACCGCGUUGUGACUCUGCCCAUUCUCCACAUAGUCUCCUUCACCCCUGAUGGCAAGAUCCAGCAGAUUCGACAAAGCUGGGACCAGGGCGCUCUCCUCAAGUUGAUCGAUGUGAUCGGCAGGACGGGGCGCAAUUGGCCUAUUCGCGAUGGGUUAGACCAGAUAAAGCUGAUCACAUCAAGCGUCAGUGCUACUGGAAAGGCUGGCUCGCCAAACGGACAGGAGUCCCGAUCAAGAGGCAACUCGAACAAUGUUACUGGCGACCCACACGCAUCCCUUUCUCUCUUCCAGCCUCGUGAAAAGAACCACCAGGAACCUCUACCCCCAGUCAUCGCACCUCGCUCUUCGGCCAAGCCGGCACCUCGCAACUACCAUGACUUGUUCGUAGGACCAGAUUCCGAGGACUCGUCGGCAGGCCAAUCAUCGCGCCCAGAACUCUACCAUGAAUCUUCCAACAAGGCGACCAUUGCACCCAAAGGUGGCGCUGGAAAGAAUUACCAACCAUCUCGUCUCUUUGAUCUCCCGGAUGAAGAGGGUCCUUCACCCAAUAAGAGCGCCAACCCUUCCAAAUACAAACACUUCGAGUUCGCCGAUGGUGGGGAUGAACAGGUCGAGAAGAGAGCUCCUCUCAAGGAGGUCCAGAGCAGCAAGCACUCUAGCCAAUGGAAUUUCGACGACUUCAUCACCCCUCAAAAAAUCGUCCCAUCCAAAGUCCUCCGUACCAACGACGUCCGUCACUGGGGUAACAGCGACGAUGAAGUUGUCGAUAGUCCUAUCAAGAUCAAGAAGGUUGACAAGCCACGAAAAGACGCCGAGACACACUUUGAAUUCCAGGAUGAUGGAACCCCAGAUGCACCUCGUUUGAUCGGCCGGCCACGUGGACCUGGUGGUGCGAAUCCAGCCAUGGGCAUCUACAACAAUAACUUGUUCGAGGAGGAUGACGAGAAUACUACUGGCGUGCCAGUGAUGCCAAGCCUUGCAAAUGUCAAGGAGCGAAGCAAAGACUUCAACCCUCAAUUUACCAUGACCGAUGACUCUCCAGUUGCAAAGUCCGCACCUCACAGAAUCCCAGAGGAUAGAGCCAAGGUACUGAAGAACAUGGAUGCUAACUGGGCCGCCUAUGACCAAUCUCCAAACCAAAAAGAGAACAGCGCGAUGUCCCCCACUGGUUUCCGACCAAACAUGAGCAAAGGCCCUCUGUCCGAAACUACCAAUUCGACCAACAGAUUCGACCAACCCAAGGGCAUUACCAUCGCCGGUGACGGCAUGGGCGGGCGAAAGACGACAUUUGCAGCCGACGAGGCGUCCAAGGGUAUCACUAUUGCCGGCGACGGCAUGGGUGGUCGCAAGGGCGCCGGCAGCAUCCCUCAACGCUCCAAAGGCAUCACCAUCGGCGGUGACGGCAUGGGAGGCAAGAAGGGAGCUGGUCGCCAAUGGGGCUUCGGCGACGAGAGCGAUGGCGAAGAGGCGGGUGGCGUCAACGUACCUACCAAAUACCGAACCGGAAAGACUCAAGGGAAGGCGCAGGAUACCGGUGGUGACUUCUGGGACUUUUAA